AUGACAAUAUUUUUGAUACUGAGUGUAUUGUUAAUUUUUUUAAUUUUAAUUUUUAUAUUUACAACGUGUUUCUGUUCUCGGAAAUCUAAGGAACAUUACCGCAUGUGUGCAAAAUUACCAUCGAUGCCACGAGGAUGGUUGACUGAUUUUAAAUUUUCUCAUAAGCUAUCUUCACUUAAGCCUAAAGAUGUUUUGCCGUUUAUUGAUAGUAUUUUAAAGCAACAUGGAUCGUUGGUUCAUAUUCAAUUAUUUGGUCACUCAUACGUAUUGUUAAACGAUCCCGACGACAUAAAAGUUUUAUUAUCCAGUCCACAACAUAUAAACAAAGGACCAGAAUAUGGAUUGCUCAAGCCUUGGUUAAAUAAAGGUCUUUUAACAAGUGGAAGUCAAAAAUGGCAAACGCGAAGGAAAUUGCUAACAUAUACAUUUCACUUUAAAAUAUUGGAAACGUACAUUUCUACGUUUAAUAAACAUGCUCAAUGCUUAACAAAAAAACUUGAAAAUAUGGCGAGAAACAAUCAAAAUGUGUCUAUUUAUAAUUAUAUGACACUUUGUGCAUUAGAUCUUGUUUGUGACACAAUGAUGGGAACUGAAUUGCGAUCCCAAGAGGGUAAAUCUCUGGAAUAUGUCGAAGCAAUUAAUACUGUAACUGAUAUUACAAUUAAACGAAUUUUCAAAUUUUGGUUGUGGAAUGAAAGAAUUUUUAAUCUGAGUCAAAAUGGAAGAGAUUUUUAUAAAUCUCUUAAGAUUUUACACACAUUUACUGAAAAUGUGAUUAAAGAAAAGCGAGCUAAACUUGAAUUUGUCAAUUGUUUAGAAACUGAAGAAUUAAGUUUUGGGAAAAAACGAGUAGAAUCAUUUCUUGAUCUUCUAAUUGGAAUAUCGAAACAAAAUCCAGACAAAAUGACAGAUUUAGAUAUCAGGGAAGAAGUAGAUACUUUUCUGUUUGAGGGACAUGACACAUCGUCAACUGCCAUGACUAUGGCUUUCAUACAAUUAGGAUUGAAUCAAGAUAUCCAAGACGCUGCAAGAGAAGAAUUAUAUUCAAUAUUUGGAGAUAGUGAUAGAGAAGCUACUAUGGCAGAUCUUAAAUCUAUGACGUAUUUAGAUCGAGUAAUAAAGGAAACUAUAAGACUAUACCCAAGUGUUCCUAGUGUUACCAGAAUGCUUAGACAAAAUCUUCAUAUAAGGGAGUAUGAAAUUCCAACACGGGCAGUGAUUGUAAUAGUACCAUAUUUACUUCAUCGCGAGGAAAAACAUUUCCCAAACCCUUUGAAAUUUGAUCCCGAUAGAUUUUUACCGGAAAAUAGUAUCAAUAGACAUCCUUAUGCCUUUAUACCAUUUAGUGCUGGUCCAAGAAAUUGUAUUGGACAAAAAUUUGCCAUGCAUCAAAUGAAAACUAUAAUAUCGACUGUCAUUAGAAAGAUGAAAAUUGAAACGUUAGGAACUCAAGAUGACAUCAAAAUAAGCGCACAAUUGAUUUUACGACCAGAAUCAUUACCUGACAUCAAACUGACCAAGAUAAAAUAAUCUCUUUCAUUAUUAAAAUUGUUGAUAUAUAUAUUAUUUUUAUUAAUCUAUUUGUUAUGAAAUACAAAAUAUUAUUAGAAAACAUAUUAAGCACAAACAGGGUUGGGCAAGAUUUCCUAAAAAAGUAUACAAGAUAUAUUUAUUUUUAGUAUCUAAAUGAAAGAUAUUUACCUACAAACUUAAGAUACCGGAGAGGUCUAAAAAGGAUAGAAUAUAAUUGACAUUUUUUAAUAAGUUUUAUUAAAUGUAUUAAAAUUCUCUAUUCUUAUUCAAAAUUUAUAAUUAUUAUGUAACUACUAACCAUAAUUGAAUUAUACUAGAGGUGUCAUAAACCUAAAAUGAGUCUAGUUAAAAUCCAAAAAUAUAUCUAGUUAUACUUGUUUCUUAGAUAUUGCUCAGCCCUCAGUAUACUUAAUUUAAAACACAAAUUAAAUCAUUUGUUUUUAGGUAAAUUAUUGUUAUAACUAUUACAGUAAAAAAAAAUUAAUUUAGUAUUGGAAGCUGAUUUCGUUAUUUAAUAUAAGUAUUUGUUUUGGUAUUCUUGUAGAAUGCGGUCUACCGUACACUUGCCAUCUACCACAUGUUUCUAAAAUUAUAUGCGGUUUAUCACAUACAUAUUGUCUACCUAUGAUCAUUCUCAACGAUUCGACUAUUUGUUUACGAUUAAGCUUUAUCUUAACGAUGUAACUCCUAUAUCAAUAAUAUGAUAUUAUAUAUUAAAACCUGGGUCCACCAAUAAUUCUGAUUAUUCGUGACUGUGGUCGUAAACGUAUGAGAUAAUCAGUUUAGUUUGUGCUAUGUGAUGCAAUACCUAUGUGAUACGUUGUUCCGAUGUUUAAACAUUAUGUUAGCCAAACAUUUCAAUGUAAUUACUAAUUACUCAAUCGAAGGAGAAUAAAAUAGCUUUUUUUUAAAGGAAAUGGGACUUAUUGAAAUUGAUACUUCUCCUGGUGUAAACUGUGGCUCGCCUAAAGAAUGGGGAAAAGAUCAAACUGUGAUACGAUGUACUAAAAAAGAUUGUUAAAGAACUCAAUCCAUCAGUAAAGGUAAGAUUAUUUUCACGUAUAAAGAUAAAAAUGGACUAUGUAAUAGUGGUUUAUCGCUGUCAGAAAUUAUAAAAUUAACAAUUUAGCAUAUUAUUGGUGUCUUGAUGUACGAAAAAAUACCAUACUAAAUUUAACGGGUCGAGGAAGUCACGCAGUGUAUGACUGGACAAAUUUAUGUCACAUCAUACUAGUAGCUGUUUUCGAAAAAAA